CAGCAUCAAUAGUAAACAAAGCAGCACUAGUAAAUUAGUGAAAUGCUGUAUAUACUAGUAUUUGCUUCCGCUCAGUCAACAUACAGACACAUCAGCUUGCUUUGAUGAGAUAAACACAUAGCUCAUGGAUAAUGUUGGCUGACUAGACCGUUGCUAACCAAAAACAAAUCGCGCGCGUCCCCUUUAAAUGGUCGGAGGUUCGCGCGCUGUUUUAAUUGGCUGUGUGAUGUCAUUAAACUUCUUUAAGCAGCUCGAGUAAGCUGACGCGCGCGGAAUAACGGGGACCGGCGCACGAACCUGCAGACACCGGAGAGCGGCGGAAUAACGGAGAGAAACGGCUUUACCUGUGGUUUCUGUCCAGACGAGUGGAGCUUCUGUCUCUCAUCACGAUGAACAUUGGCUUCAGCAGGAGAAAAGAUAAACCCACCAUGCACAGCUCCGAGGCUCUGGUGAAGCAUUACGUAGCCUACAGCGCUAAGUUUUUGGGAAUCACGCCGGUCGAACAGCCGAAAGGUACAGAUGUUGUUCGCGUGGCUGUGAGAAAACUGAAGUUUCAAAGGCAUAUCAAAAAGUCAGAAGGGGAGAAAAUUCCCAAAGUUGAGCUACAAAUCUCCAUAUAUGGGGUCAAAAUAUUGGAUCCAAAAACUAAGGAUGUGCAGCACAGCUGCCAGCUGCACAGGAUGUCCUUCUGCGCUGAUGAUAAAACAGACAAACGGAUCUUUGCCUACAUCUGCACCGAGCCCGACACCAAGAGGCACCUGUGCUACGUAUUUGACAGCGAGAAAUGUGCAGAAGAGAUCACCAUCGCCAUUGGCCAGGCGUUUGAUCUGGCAUAUAAAAUGUUCCUGCAGUCUGGGGGGAAAGACGUGGAGUCGAGAAAACAGAUAGGAAACUUGCAAAAGAAGAUUCAGGAUUUGGAAAUGGAAAAUUUAAAGCUCAAGAAACAGCUUCAGCGUCUGGAGGAUCAGCUGAUCAGCGCACAGUCGUCACCGCUGUUGCAUGUUAACUCCUCGACGGAGGCCUGCAUGUCCUCUGCUCUGUCCUGCUUUACUGAUGACGCCUCCUCACUGUCCUCUCUAGAGAUUUCCUCUGUUACACUAACGCCUCUCAGUUCACCCGAUUCCAGCCAAUCGGCAGGCCUGCUGACCCCACCUCCCGCUGAACCCGCCCAAUUUCUGCCAACCGACGUCUUCAUUGUUCCACGACCUCGUGCUGGUAGCAUCCCGGUGAAAGCCACCUCGACAGACGUAUUCGACAUGGUACCGUUUACACCGGGAUCUUCCACAUCGAGGAUACAGACGUGUAACGGGAACCGGAAUUUCCCCUCACUGCCUCCCGUAGACCGAGGUACAGAUCUGUUCGGAGCCGUGCCCUUUGACCCCUUCACCUGCGGCCUCGCGGACUACCCUCCAGACGUCCAGUCCAAACUGGAUGAGAUGCAGGAGGGGUUCAAAAUGGGUCUGACUCUAGAGGGCGCCAUUUUCUCCCUGGAUCAAGUGGACAGUCGAUGCUGAAGGCAAACAUCAUCGUUUUUGACGGCCGACCGUCUGAACAGAAUGAUAGAGAAGUAUUUCUAAUUACAUUCUGCAUUAAGGGAUGACAAUUUAACAGGCCAUGAACAAGUUGUACAGAUGCUUUCUAUUUUUAUAUUGUAAAAAGUGUGUCUGUAGAGAUGACAUCAUUUCAAUGAUCAUUGAUUUUAUCUUGAAGUCACCACACACACACGCACACACACACUGUGUCAAAUCCUGCUGAAAAACACAGCUGUCAUAUUUUUGUGUCCGUAUUUUCCCCCUCAUAUUUUUCCUCAGUAAUGUUUGCACUUUCUACAUUGGUCCUUAGACAUACAAACCCGUCCUCCGUUUCCAUCGUGUAUCCUGCAUUUAUGUAGAACAUCUAAUAUUUGCUUUAUGACUGUUUAAUAAUAUUACAUUUGGAAAAUAAAGGACAACUCACUGA